AUGACCAGUGAUCCUCACUUCUUAAAGGCCCUCAAGAGACAUCCGGACAGGAGAACUUUGCAGGAUCUUCAAAUAAUUUACUAUGGACUUCAGAGUUUGGAAGCAUUGUAUACCUACAGAGAUUCCGCAUUGCGCACUUUAUGCAAAACUGUCAGAUACGAGCACCACGAAGCCAACGAUGUAUUAUACUUUACCGGAGAGUUGGCGAUGUGUUGGUUCGUGUUGCUUUCAGGUUCCGUGUUCAUUGACGGAAAACUGUUCCUACCAACGUCCAGGUAA